AUGAAGUCAGACACGCCUCUUGAUUAUGCUCUUUUCCAGCUUUCACCUAGACGAUCGCGAUGUGAAUUAUUUGUUUCCAGCAAUGGAAACACUGAGAAAUUAGCGUCGGGACUGAUUAAACCAUUUGUAGCACAUUUAAAGGCUGCUGAGGAACAAGUUGCAUCGGACACUCAAUCAGUGAAGCUUGAAGCUGGAAGGCAAAAAAGUUCCAAAACGUGGUUCACAAAGGGAACACUCGAGAGGUUUGUUCGGUUUGUAAGUACGCCUGAUGUUUUGGAACUGGUCAAUGCCUUUGAUGCUGAGAUGUCUCAGUUAGAAGCAGCCCAAAAAAUAUAUGCAGAGGACAGAGGUGAUCAGCUUUCCGGCAGGGGUAAAUCAGGCGUGACAACUUCGGCUGAGGUGACCAAGAAGGAAUUACUUAGAGCCAUUGAUGUACGGCUUGGCACGGUUCAACAGAACUUGACAACAGCUUGUGCUCGUGCUGCCGCUGCAGGUUUCAAUAGUGAUACAGUCUAUGAACUUCAAAUGUUUGCAGAAUUUUUUGGUGGCCAACGCUUAAAUGAAGCCUGCAGCAAAUAUAUAUCUUUGAGCGAGAGGCGGGCAGAUUUAAUCAGUCCGUGGAGGUCUGGAACCCAGGAUGGGGCUGUCCGAUCUUCAUAUGGGUCGGACAUGUCCAUUGAUGAGGAUCCCUCCUUCCCUCAGCCCACAGGGCCCCACCCAGCCCAGAUCCAACAUCAAGAAGAUACCUCCACGUGUGAGCAGCCCAAGCUACCUUCUCUGUCCUUCCCAGUGCAACACACUUUCAGCCAAGAGUCCAGCAGUGAAAGAGAUGACUCAAACAAACAAAAUGAUGCUGUUGUUGAAAAAGAAACAAAGAAUGAAGAGAGUUCAAGUGCUGAUCAGACUGAAUCAACUCGCACAAGUCAUCAUGUGAGGCGACUCAGUGUGCAGGACCGCAUAAGCCUGUUCGAGAACAAACAGAAGGAGACUUUAGGGAGUGGUGGGAAACCUGUGGUCCGGAAAUCAGUGGAGCUUCGGAGGCUGUCGUCUGAUGUGUCAUCUGCCCCAGCUGCUGUAGAGAGAGCUGUUCUAAGGAGGUGGAGUGGCGCCAGUGACAUGAGCAUUGGCUUAAGUGCUGAAAAGAAGGAUAAUGAGAUCCCAUUGUGCACUUCAUCCUCUGCUUCGGGGUUGCUUUCCAAGUCUGAAGAGAAAAAAGCUUUGAAUUUGAAUGAUACAAUGGCAAGUUCUGUUAAGCCGGAGUCAAGAAUUAUUCAAGAGGUGGCUUCAGAUCAGGUUGUUGAUAGCGGGUUGAAAGAUGCGUCUUCUUUUAGUAGGUCGAAUGAUGGUUCCGAAUCUAGCAUGUCAAAUUCUAAUUUGAGUACUACGGAAUUUGAUGGCUCUAUGGAUCAAAUACAUGGGAAGUCUCAGUCAAGGUCGGAUCAACAAAAUUCUGAAGAGGAGUUCAGGUCUUUCCGUGAGAGUAAACAAGAGGUUCUGAUAGGGUUCAGGCAUCAAGGAAAGUUGAAGGGUGGCUCUCUGAGUGGUGAAGAGCUUGGUGGGGUAAAAGGGAGAGUGGCUUCUGAGACACAGGUUACUGAAGAGAAGGAUCAGGGUGCUCUUCAGACACAAAUUCGGACUUUUGGAAUCAAAGGUGAUUGGCAAAUUUCAAAUUGGAAAGAACAACAUAAAUUGAGAGACCAGCUUGUUACACAAUCACGUUCAAAGUCUCCUCAGAAAACCAUGGGAGACUCUGGGCAGUUUGAAGGCCUUGCUGGAUCAAGAAUAAGAGAAGCUUUUGCUGCUCAUUAUAAAGGGGCUGAAAGGGGUUCCUUGUCUUCUCAGUCCAGUAAAAGAUCUGCAGGGGACACAGAGGAAGCUGGAAAGAAAGAGUCGAUUUCAUCUGAGAAAAUAUCUGGUAGUUCUGCAUCAAAGGUUGAAGAUUCUGGACUUCAGAAAAUGAAGUUUCAGAGACUAGUUUCAGCACCUGAACAGAUGAACAAGUCACUACUUCGGAGAGACGAAAGCAGUUCUGUUUAUGGAAAUAGUAGAACACCAUUCUCUGGUAAAUUGAUGAUGGAGGCUCAGGAUGGUUCUGAUUCAUUUUUAAACCCAACUUCUGAACAAAUGCAAAGGGUGAGGCUUUCAAAAGGAAACCCAGAACUGAAUGAUGAGUUGAAAAUUAAAGCAAAUGAGCUUGAAAAGCUCUUUGCUGAGCUACAACUUCCUGGAGAUCAGUCCAAUUCUGCCCGUAGAGGCAGGUCAGCUGAUGUGCAAGGGAGCGCUAAAAACACGACCAAGUUCAAUGCUGCUCCACUGAUGACAAUGGUUGAUAAUCAGAAGUAUGGUGAUGCUGAGCUUAGUUUUUCAGAAGGCUCUCGAGGGAAAUUGUAUGACAUGUAUAUGCUGAAAAGGGAUGCAAAACUAAGGGAAGAAUGGGGUUCCAACAGAGCUGAGAAAGAAGCCGAACUGAAGACUAUGCGGGAUAGGUUUGAGCGGAGUACAGCUGAGAUGAAGGCCAAAUUUUCAGGAUCUGCAGAUAGACAGGAUUCAGUAUCCAGUGCUAACCGACGAGCCGAGAGACUCAGAUCAUUUAGUACCCGAUCAAUUAUCAAAAGGGAGCAGAAACAAAUAGAUUUUGGGAAUAGUGAAGAUGAAGAUGCAUCAGAGUUUGAAGAACAGGAACAUCUUCGUGAAGAUAGCACUUUGAACGAGACCUCUCUUGGAGAUGGUGUAUCCAGGAGUGCACCUGGUAAGAAGCUACCCACUAAAAGUUCGUCCACAUCUAUGCCUCGCACCUCAGCAGCCCCUGCCCCACGAUCAGCUGCCAAAGCUUCCAUUCUCAGUUCUGGGAAGCGAAGAAUGCAAUCUGAAAAUCCACUUGUGCAGUCUGUCCCGAACUUCUUUGACAUGAGAAGAGAAAAUACCAAGCCUUCUUCAGCAGCCAGUAAGACAACUCGGCCACAACUAAGAAGCUAUGCCCGCAGCAAGAGCACUAGUGAAGAGGCACCAAUUGUCAAGGAGAGAUCACGCCGAUCACAGUCACUGAGGAAAAGCUCUGCAAAUCUCAACGAGUUUAGGGAGAUAUCUCCUCUGGACUCGGACGAUGCCGUUUUGACACCGCUAAAAUUUGACAAGGAAGUUGUGAAAAAUGUUGAGACCAAGCCUUUUCUCAAAAAAGGUAGUCGUGCAGACUUUGUUGCUACAUCUAGUAUUACAAAGAACACCUCUAUGAUCCCCGAGCUUCUAAAUAAUGAAGAGGAAAAUAAUGACUUGGCCUCUGGACCAGAAGACAUGGGGAAUACAGUAAAAGGUGAAGAAGAGGAAGAGUUUGAGACCAUGAGCCCUAAAGGUUGUAAGGACUUGGACAAUGGAAAACCAAGACUGAGACUGGAAUCAGAGAAGUUGGAAAAUUCAGGAUCAGAAAAUGGUGAGGCUAUAAGAUCAUUUUCUCAAGUGGACCAGGCUUUGGGUGCUGAAUUGCCUACUAUGGUGCAAGAUUGGACAGCAGAAAGUCCUCUCUCGUGGAACUCUCGCACUCAACACCCCUUUUCUUAUCCUCAUGAGAUCUCAGAUGUCGAUGCCUCUGUUGACUCCCCCGUGGGUAGUCCUGCCUCAUGGAAUUCACAUUCUCUGAGCCAAAUAGAGACCGAUGCAGCUCGAAUGAGGAGGAAAUGGGGAACGGCUCAGAAGCCAAUGUGGGCAGCCCAUUCUUCCAAUAAUAUACCUCGCAAGGAUAUGACUAAAGGAUUUAAACGGUUGUUGAAAUUUGGAAGGAAAAGUCGUGGCUCAGAGAAUUUGGUCGACUGGAUCUCUGCAACCACGUCUGAAGGAGACGAUGAUACAGAGGAUGGACGUGAUCCUUCCAACAGGUCAUCAGAAGAUCUGAGGAAGUCAAGAAUGGGAUUUACUCAAGGGCAACCUUCCAAUGAUAGCUUCACAGAGAGCGAGUUUUUCAAUGAACAAGUUCAAUCUUCACACAGUUCAAUUCCAGCACCUGUGUCUAACUUCAAACUGAGGGAGGAUCAGAUAUCUGUAAGCACAAUAAAAGCUCCUAGGUCAUUUUUCUCAUUAUCAACAUUCCGGAGCAAGGGAAGUGACUCGAGGCCUAAGUAA